GUAAAAGUUGCCGAAAAGAGAUUACAUCGUUAAAAUCAGUGGGGUGGACAGUGUGGUGAACGUGUAGCCGCUUUUUUGCGAAAAGUCGUCCGGAACCAGACCAGCACAGCAGUGGGUUGUUAUUGUGUCAAGCCAGGAUAGGCUGCAGGAUAAGCCAGUGGUGUGUAAUUUGAUUUGUCUAUCGUUCAACAUUAGCUUCAUUUAGGGUGGCCUUGCUCAUUGGACAGGACAGUUCAGGUCUACGGAGGACAGGUUUCUAGGCAGGUGUUAUCAGGGAGAAACAGUAGGCCUCAUAUUAAAAUGAUAUGGCCAUGCAAAAACUGCAAUUUUAGGACAUCAAAGCGUUUAGAGCUAUUAAGACAUUAUAGAUUGAAACAUUUACAUGCUGGUCAAGGGCGGUCACUACCCUGUUUGUACACAGACUGUCCUUGUUCAUUUAAAAGUUGGGGUGCACUUCGCACCCAUUUGUCUAGAGAUCAUACACAGACUGAACAGACAGGGCAGAUUGUUUCCUUUUCAUGUCAUGUAUGUAAUUCGUUUAGUUUUCACACAGAGGCAAUAUUUUGAACAGUUUGGAGCUCAUCUGAAAAAGUAUGAAACUGUUCGUUGUGUUUUUAAAGAUUGUGACUACAGUACUAAUGUAUAUUCAACUUUUGCAUCACAUAAAAGUAGAAAGCAUAAUCCUCACUGUAUUGAGAAUUUUAAACAUACUGUAAUUCAGACAUGUUCAAGUCAGGCAACAGAAGAUAGUAGUUGGUUGGUAGAUGAAAGUGAUGCUACUUCUGUUGAAACACUUGUCAAACAGGGUGAGGAUUUAGGUAUAAUCAUAGUUGAUAAAAUUGGCUCCUUAUUGCUUAAAUUAGACUGCAUCUUCAAUGUGCCUAGUAGAUGUAUAGAUGAGAUUGUAGAGGAGCUUCAGUUUAUCACAUGUUCAGCAUCUGCACCUGUUAUCAGAAACAUUGUCUAUAACACCUUAGUAAAUCAUAACUGUACUGUUGAAGAAUUGGUGAUCACAGAUUUGGUAAACAACAUUUGCCAGUUAAAUCCUCUUAAUGCAGCCUUAAGUGAAGAAGGUCCUCUUGGUACAGCAAACCAAAGAAACAGAUACUUAAAGGAACAUUUCUGUGUUGUUGAAUCAGUAGAAUAUAUACUUAAUGCAAAAGAGGGAAAGACAUUCCAAUAUGUACCAAUUUUGCAAUCCUUGUCACAAAUUUUAACAAAAUAUGACAUUGAAAUGAAUGUGUUGACUGCGAGCCAUUGUGGUUCUUCAAGUCAGUAUACCAGUUUCGUGAUGGUUCCUACUUCAAGGAAAACAAAUUUCUGUCUGCAGAGGAGUUUAGACUUUCACUUCUUCUCUAUUCUGAUGAUUUUGAAAUUUGUAAUCCCUUAGGAACCUCUCGCAAGAAGCACAAGGUAACAGCUGUCUACUGGGUGUUGGCUGAUGUGCCUGAUGUGCUUCAUGAUUUACUUGAGGGUCUUGUACCUGUAGAAUUGGCAUUGUGUUUAGAUGUCUUGAUAAAGAAAAAAUAUUUCUGUCUUGAAGAGCUUAAUGUAAUCAUUAAAUCUUUCCCAUAUAAGUGGAAAGACAAGACAAAUUAUCCCCAAACUAUACCACCAACCUUUGUCUCUCGUAAAACCAUUGGUGGUAACGCACAUGAAAAUUGGUGCCUACUGAGGCUGCUUCCACUUAUGGUGGGCCCCAAAGUUCCAGAAGACGAACAGGCAUGGCAGUUGUUGAUGAUACUAAAAGAUGUAGUUGAAUUGAUAAUGUGUCCUGUCCUCACAGAUGAAAGUAUUGGAUACCUAGAUAGCCUGAUUGCUGAGCAUAGAUAUAGAUUUUGCAGUGUUUUUCCAGCAGAGAAAUUGAUUCCAAAACACCAUUUUAUAGAACAUUACCCACAGCUCAUUAAAGCAUUUGGCCCACUAGUGUCCUUAUGGACAAUGAGGUUUGAAGCCAAGCACCGCUUCUUUAAGAAGAUAGUGAGACAGACUGGCUGCUACCGUGACAUUUUGCAGUCAAUGGCAAAAAAACACCAGUCCAUGAUAGCAUACCAUCUCCAUGGUUCAAAUGUCAAAAAACCUGCAGUCUCUGUAUCGAAGAUUUCAAGAAUUCCAUUAGAUGUUGUAAAUGAGAACAUACAGGAUUUUUUUUCACAGAAAUUUCCUGAACAGCUGUUCAGUUGACAAAGAAGGCAGAAUUUCAGGGCACCAGUUACUGUACUGGCAUGAUAUUGGUAUAUGGCUCUACUGGUGGGUUGCCCGACUUUGUCGAAAUAGUACAAAUCAUUGUUGUUCACGACAGCUUGGUAUUUGUAGUAAAAUUACAAGGUGCAUGGUACUGUGAGCAUUUAAGAUGUUUCAAGUUGGAGUCCACAAGCCUAGUCAAAGUAAUAGAGCAGUCACACCUCACUGACUUGUACCCACUGGCUACCUAUACACUGGACACUGCACGAAUGGUUUCUCUGAAACACCACAUCUUCAUGUCAAACUAGGUAAUAUAUUUUUAUGAUGUGCUCCAUAUUGUGUAACAUCUUGUCAGAUCCUAUUUGUGUUUUUUAUUCCAGAUUUUAAUUAUAAAAAAUUGCAUAUUUUUUCCGAUUUGUCUAGAGCAUGCAUUUGUUUGAAGAGGUCAAAACUCCAUCAGUGCUUGCUCAAUAUAACACAACUAUAUUGUUAGAUUUGCAUCUGGCUCUACAUUAUUUAAAUGAUGUUUGUAAUAUGUUUCUUAAUUACCUACCGGAAACCACAACAUGAAAAGCACUGAUUUAUAAAAAAAUAAAAUUGUUCAAUAUACUACAUGUAUUGCUGGAGUUUUAACCUCUUUAGAAUUUUUAUCUUUUUAUUCUUGCACCUUGGAAGUAGGUGAAGAUCAGCUGCAAACCUAUGGCUGGGUAAUAUGGAAAAAAGUCCUAAAACUAUUUUUUUUUUUCAUAUAAUUAGAUAUCAAUAUAUAACGAUAUAAUUAAAAUCACUUUCUGCC